AUGUCCCUCCCUCCAGCCUUCCACGAGUCUCUCCCCUACAUCGACCCCGAACCCUCCCCCGAAUCCCUCGCCGCCGCCCGCUCCCUCAUAACCGCCGAGCUCUCAACCUUCCAACCCUCCCCGCUGCCCCAAACAGCCGAGCCCUCCUUCUCCCCCGCCAUCCAGACCGAGCUCGCCCGCGUUGCCUCAAAGACCCCCCUCAACCCUCUCUCCCUCUCCCGCUACGAGGCCCAGGAGACCCCCCCCGCCGACGCGCCCACCGACCGCCUCCGCGAGGUCCUCGAGAACGCCCGCGUCUCGGACGCCUACCUCGCCUCCCGCCGCCAGAACCUAGAGCUCCUCGACGCCUACGGCAAGAACGCCUGGCUCGUCGGCAACCACCAGCUCGAGGCCGGCCUCAGGCGCCUCGAGGGGGACCUCGCCGACGCCAAGCGCGAGAUCGACAUCGUCAACAUCGAGCGCCAGAGGAGGCAGGAGGACGUCAAGGGCGAGAUGCACACCCUCGAAGAGACGUGGAGGAAGGGCGUCGGCAGGGUCCUGGAGACCGAGGUGGCCGUCGAGGAGCUCAAGGAGCAGAUUCGUAACGAGAUGAGGAACAGGUCCUAG